UCUUUCAUUCUCCCUCUCUCAGAAACCAAAUCAGUCGGAGCGAAGCGAACCAAAGCCAGAGAAAGCCGUGCUUCUGGAAAAUGAUUUGAUUUCAAAUCCUCUGAAAAAAAAAAGAAAAAAAAAAAAUUAGCCACCGAGAGUCCGAGACUGUGAAAAUGGCAAAUCUCUACGCUCUGAAGUCUACUCUCUGCCCUUCCUCCAUUUCCCGCUCCAAUUUCCCUCGGACCUCCGCUCCCGCCAAACGGUGCAUCUUCAGUAGCUCUUCUUCAGUCCAGAGACGAAAGCUCAGCGUUUGCUGUGCGGUGAAAGACAGCGAGGAUCAAAGCAAUGGCGAGUUCUCUUUUUCGCUUUUCCAGAUUGCUCCAUCUGUGUGCUUGGGGGUUUCGCGUUUAUUCCGAUUGUUUGUUUGUAAAAUUUGGGGUUUUUUCUCUCUCUCCGUGUGUGUUUCAGGUGAAGAGCCGCCGGAGUCGUUAUUUAUGAAGGAGUUAAGGAGGAGAGGCAUGACACCGACGUCGCUGCUGGAGGAAAGCAAGAAGGGUGGAUAUGGAAUUGAGGACGAUGAAACGAAACUAAGAGAAGGCGACAGAGUCUUCUCCAAGAGGAAUGCAGUGUCGACUGAAAUCGAUAAAGGGCUUUUGAAUCAAAGAGAGCGCUCCAUGGCCUUGAACAGUGAAGGCCUUGAGCAGGCAACUAACGCUUUCUUCCCUAACCAGGGACUGAUCCCACGAGCUAGACUAUUACUUACAAUUGGGGGAACAUUCUUCUUGGCCUUUGGUCCGUUGAUUCUCGUAACUGUUGGUGCUUUCACGGCUCUCUACUUGUAUUUUGGAGCAAGUUUUGUGCAUGAUGGGAGCGCAACUCCGGUGUCACCUCCGCAAUACAUCGAUCCAUAUGCGCUGCUGGAAGACCAACGAAUUUCUGAUGUAGCGCCUACCUUGAAGUGAUUAGUUGCUAGACCCACAAACCAGCAGCUGAUCGUUGAACAAGAACGAACCACACGUUCAACGGUUCAAUCCUAUACGGACUAGGAAUUAUUCCUUUCCUUUUGUAAAUACCCACCAACUAUUCUGUUAUCUAAAUUUCUCUCCUUACCUAUAUAUUCAUGGCAAUCUCCUCAUGCUUUUGAUUGUUUCUGUAUGAUAUUAAAUGAUCAACAAGCUAAGACCAUCCACAGGUAUUUGGCUGACUACAAAUGCUACAUGUUCAGAAUGUAAUUUCAAAGGAAUUGCAUAAAUUUAGUUCACACUUGGAAAGUUGUAAACCUG